GGCCGCGGCCAAUGGGGCCCCGGGUGAAGGGUGAGGGUGGAAGUGCCGGGCCGCGCGGGCUGCGGCCUCUGCCGGCGCGGGUGCGCGGCUCCCCGGUCGUCAUGGAGGCGGCGUUGGCCGAGGAGCUCGAUGAGGAGGAGCAGCUGGCGAGGAGGCACCGCAGAGAGAGGAAAGAGCUGCAAGCCAAAAUUCAGGGUAUGAAGAAUGCUGUUCCCAAGAAUGACAAAAAGAGGAGGAAGCAACUCACUGAAGAUGUCGCUAAGUUGGAAGCAGAAAUGGAACAGAAACAUAAAGAAGAACUGGAGCAACUAAAGCUGAAUUCUAAGGGGGGAAAAAUAGAUUCUGUUGCUGUUAACAUUUCAAACUUGGUUCUCGAGAAUCAGCCACCUCGGAUAUCAAAAGCACAAAAGAGACGGGACAAAAAAGCUGCAUUGGAAAAGGAGCGAGAAGAAAGGAUAGCUGAAGCUGAAAUUGAGAACUUGUCUGGAGCUAGGCACAUAGAAAGUGAAAAACUUGCUCAAGUAUUGGCAGCUAGACAGUUGGAAAUUAAACAGAUUCCAUCUGAUGGCCACUGUAUGUACAGAGCCAUUGAAGAUCAGCUGAAAGAACAGAAAUGCCCCUUGACCGUGGCUGCCUUGAGAAGUCAAACUGCUGAAUAUAUACAAGGCCAUGUGGAAGACUUUCUGCCGUUUUUAACAAAUCCUAAUACAGGAAAUAUGUAUACUCCAGAAGAGUUUAGAAAGUACUGUGAUGAUAUCGUCAACACAGCUGCAUGGGGAGGUCAGCUUGAGCUAAGAGCCUUGUCUCACAUUUUGCAAACACCAAUAGAGAUAAUCCAGGCAGAUUCUCCUCCUAUUGUAGUUGGUGAAGAAUAUCCAAAAAAACCAUUAAUACUUGUAUAUAUGAGACAUGCAUACGGCUUAGGAGAACAUUACAAUUCUGUUACACAGUUGGUGAACACAGCUACUGAAAAUUGCAGCUAGUUUACAAAAUGUUGCACAAUUAUGUUUUAGUACAGUGUGCUGAUCUGACUAUUCUUACAAGUGCUGGGUUGUUCUAACAUUACUGAAAAACACAACUACCUUAAAUCAGUUUUAUGGCAAAGCUACUAACAGACUUUUUAAAAAAUGUGUCAGCGAUAAACUUUAACCAGUGUUCCCUCAGUGGUAUUUUAAAAACACUUGUGAGUCAGUUUUGGAGAACAUCAUUUACAGACCAAGACGGCACCCUAUUUACUGAUAUUUUUAUUAAUAUAGGGUCCUGAACAUUUUGUUCUGCACUGAAAAUAAAUUUUUUUUCUCAUUAUUAAAAGCUUUCAGUAAGCAUUUUAAUGUAACUAUUCUUGAAGAAAUGAAAUGACUUGGUCUCUUUGUCAUUGCAAAUAUGUGGUAAUGGUGACAGCAAAUUUAAUUAAUGCUUAUAAGUGAAUCUGAUUUCAGUAACCUUGGUACUGAUGGGAUUAAUACUAUGAAGCUUUUUAUAUAACCCUGUCAAAAUGCAGCCAUAAACCUUGCUUUAAUAACUAAAAAUUUUAAAAUAUUUAUUCACAUGGGAAUCAGUUAAGUUUAAGAAAUGAGACAAAUUCAGAGGUAAAUAGGUGUUUCCUAUCAGAUCAAACCUCUAAAGAAUUACAGAUUAGCCUUUUAUUUGUGUGCAAGUAAAGACCUGUCAGAUUACUGUCUCUCUCAUUUAUUUGUUACUCCUUGCUGUUUCUUAAACUUCAGAAUAGAAUUACUACCAUCAUUUUUUUUUACAGUUUUUUUAAUGUCUUUUAUUUUUUUAUUUUAUUUUUAAUUUUUUAAAGUAAUCUCUCUGCCCAACAUAGGGCUUGAAUUCAUGACCCUGAGAUAGAUAAAGAGUUGCAUGCCCUACCAACUGAGCCAGCCGGAGCUCCAUCAUUUCUUGAUCAUCUUCAUAACUACAAAUUUUUAUAUUCUUUGUUUUCCUCAUCAUCACUUAGCUGUUUUGUUUUCUUUGCAGCCUGUUCCACUAAGGAGCAGUUGGUGGCCUCUCUUAUUCUUUAACUUGAACAAACAGAAGGAGUAGCAAUGUAAAAGGGCCCAGGGCCAACUUGACUUCAAAUUCUUCCUCGUUUCCAAUUUGUCUUACCUCUCUUUUUGUUUCAUUCUCUAGGAUUAGAAGAAAGCCUUUGUUGUAAUUUUAAUUAGCCUUAUUAAUGACACCUUUCCUUUAUUUCAAAUAUUUGAGAAUGUUUAUAUUAUAUGUAGGGAUGAAGUUGAAGCCCACUGUUUGGGAGCCAAGACUGUAUAGAAAAGACAGUAUAUAAUACUUUGUGAUAUGAAUGAUUUAUCUAUCUCAGAUUUCAGGUUACUGUUAACACUAUUCUAAUAAGACAGUAUCCAUAUAUAGAAACAUUUCUUAUUGAUAAUGUUUUAUGUAACUAAGUAUUAUGAAGAUGAGUCCUAUUUGGUUUGAUCUAUUUUUCUCAAAUUAGGAAUGAGUAUUAAGAUUUAGCAUCAAGUUUAUGAUAUAUUUGAAUUUUUGCUCCAUGAAUGCAACUUAAUUUUUGUAAGUUAAUACUGAGUUUUAUAAUAUUAAAAACGGGUGUCAGCCUCACAUGCCCAGCUGGUGACAAUGUGGGAAGCUAGUAGGGAUGGGUCAGCUUAGAGCAAGUUAAGUACUGCAUGAAGGUAUUCCAAUUCAAAAGAAGAAAAACCAUUCUGUCUGCCAAACAAAAUAUAUUCUGAAGGCUGACUGUUUUGUAAUACUUGAUCUGAAAUUUUUGGGGUCUGAAAUUUAUAAAAGAAUUAAAUUAUAAAAUGCUAAAUGGCUUGGCUUUAUUAUAAAGUAAUCUGUUACUUUAAAAUCAAAAGAUAAGCAUUAAGAAAUAAAGCAAAUAUCAUGAAACCUAGUUAUUACAAAUUGCCAUCUAUAUUUAAAAUAACAUUGGUAGCUAUUUUUUUUUUCUAAUAAGAUGAGUGGAAUUUCCUUGAUUAUAGGUUUAUUUUUAUUAUUUUUUAUUUUGAAACGGCCAAUAUGCUUAUGAGUAAGAUUUGUGUGGUCAGCUUCUGUUCUUUCAUAAACUUCAGAUAAAAAUCAUUUUAGCUGUAACCAAAAACUGAAGUCUUUAAAAAAUGGCAGAUGUUAAUUUAAAAACAGCAUAUACUAAUUUAGUUUGCUGUGUGAUUAUGGUCUAAUGGAAGUUUCAUAAGCUUUCUUUUCUCCUAACUCAGAAAAGUAUAUGUCAGAGUUUUGGAGUAUGUCCUUAGCCAAGAAUUUUAUCCACUUAACAUAUGUUUACAAACUUAUAUAAAGCAAAAAAGAAUGUAUGUAACUAUAGUGAGCAAUAUAGUUUUGCUCAUAUUAUCUGAUGUUUGCCAAAAGAAGAAUAAAAGAUGUAUGAAUUAAAUCAA